GACCCCCGUCCCACCCCCCUUGGCUCGGGCUCUGGUUUGCUGUCUCAGACCACGACGUGCACCUUUAAAAUCCUUCCUACCAACUCCAAGAAGGAACCGAUCUUUAUCAGCUGUCCUAAACUCCCCACCCGGGUGGUGACGACUCCCAGCACCUCCCUCCAGAGCCCCUCCCAACCCCCCGCCCCCCUGUUGAACCCUCUCUCCCUUAAACUCUCCAAAGGUCAGGGAGCGGAGCUCAACGGCAAAACAGUGAAGGUGACAGCGGACUCUGGUGGGCUGUCAGCCUUUCAGAAACCCACUACAUCCCAGACCUCCACCAUCUCCUGACCCCGCCCCCUCAUUCAGGGUCAGAGGUCACACCUUACCCCCAUCGCACCCCAUUGCUGAGCCUGAGCUGGCCUCUGACCUGGUGGACCUGGACAUAAUCUGCAUGGACGAUGAGAUGGGGUUCGUUACCACAGAGACGCAGUCAACUGAGGUGGUGGACCUGGCAGGGUCUUCAAGUGGAGAGACAGAAAAUUCGUCAGACUUUGGAGACGAGUUGUACAUCGACGAAGAGAAGGAGACAACAGGGAACCAGGUGCAACGACACGUUCACAACAUGUUGGAGAGGAGGCGUCGGGUGAAGAUGAUGCAGAUGUUUAGAGGUCUGAGUAGGGAGGUUGGACUGAGAGACAACAGAACUUCAAAAAUCUCCACGCUGAAGAAGAACAAGAGGGCUACUAAGAGGAUCAUGUCGGAGCUGAUAGAUGUUGAAGAGCAAUUACUUUUUAAAGGACUACAAAGAAGAAAAGAGACCUCGCCUGUGUUCGUUCCAUCAACUAAAUUCAAAAAUGGCGAUGCUACCAAGCGGACCAAUCACAGCUCUUGCGGCGGAGCAGGUGAUCCAGGAGCUGAGGUCGACAGAAGCACAUCUGAAAGAGAAGAAGAGGAGGCUGAUGAAGAGGAGGGACCACUUCCUCUCAACCAUCGCUCCAACAGGUCAAAAAGAGCAGAUAGUCCUGAAGAAGCUGGAAAAGCAGGAGAGACACCCAGCAGCCAAUCAGUUGCGAGCACCAGUAGGGGGCGGAGCUUCUGAGCCUAAUCUCUCAACAGGAAACAAAAUUGAUAAUGACAUCAUAAUCAUAUCAUCAAACGUACAGCUGCAGACUCUCCAAGUUCCUCCUACCACUGCCCACCCCUCUACCAAACCUGUCCCUGUCCCUGCCCCUGUCCCUGUCGCUGC